CAGCGAAUUCUCGGUUUAAUUUUGAAACGAGCGCGGUCGCGAACGCACACACACAUUUAACUCGCGCUUUUUUAUUUUAAUUUAUCAAUUUUAUUUAUUUCGUUCCAGUGCCUUAAGUCACGAUGACUGUGAAUAAAAAUACGUCGAAAACCAGCAAAAAGAAGAGUUCGACCAGCAACGCUUCGGCUACAAGCAGCACGCAACAGCAAUCGUCGAAAAAAGUGGUGUCUUCCAGUACAAGUAAGUCGGAAAAGAGUGGCGCAAUUUCCAAGUCCUCCUCAGCGUCCAGCUUGAAAAUAUCGGACGUUUCCCAUUUGCCCGUUAACGCCAACGUUGUCAGCUACACAGUGACUGAAAUGCUCCCUACGGGAUCCGGCGAGAAAGUCACAGUCUAUGGGGAUGGAGGCGCUACCUCCACCGAGUACAGACACUUUGUCACUCAAGACGCCUCCACCUCUUCGACCUCUCAUGCCACCUCCAUCCAGCAAAUCAGCUCCACUUUGCACGAAUCCUCCUCCAACUUAUCGUGCGCCUCUGGAUCCACCUACACAGUGACAGAGCCCAGAGAGGAAUACAAGCUCACAUACAACAAAAACGACUCGGGAUGGAACGGAAAAUUCACCGUAGAAGGCCAACCACCAAAGGGGAGCACAGUGGAGCAAAGCUCCACCUCCAGCUCGAAGCAGAAAAGCUCUUCGACAGCCAAAAGCUCAUCGAGCAGCUACGUGGUGGAGGUGGUGGAUGGCAAGGAGCGGAUAGUCGACCAGAAGCACCAUGAGGCCGGUCAGGCGCACACCUCCAGCAAUGAGGAGUUUCUCGCCUCAAAGAGUGGCACCAACAUCACGCCAGAGGCGCACUUCAAGCAAAACGCCAAGGAAAGCGCCACCAGCUACGACUCGAAGGUUCCCAAGCCCAAAGGCUACACAUCGGAGGUGAGUAGGGAGGUGCAUCAGGUGGGCGACAACGUUUCGUCCUCCCAGAGCCACACUCAGGAGGGUGACUCCAAAUUGCUCAAGCAGACCAAGGAUUCGAUCACCAGCCAGAAAACUGGUGCUCCAAAAAAGGUUUCCACGAAAGCAGGCAAAAGCCUGGAAGAGUCCAGCUCGAAAAACCUGGACGAGAAGGAGACAGUAACCACCACCUACACCUACUACGACUCCAAAGGGAAUGUUAUCAAAACGUUGACAGACGUGGACACCCAUAGUGUUCCUGGAUCGGAAACAGCAACGAAUUCAAAAAACUUCUACGGUCACAGCGUGGAUUCAAAAAACACCAUCGUGUCUAAUGUGGACCACAUCCAUGCUGUGCAAGAAGGCGUCCAGACAACGAAGACGGACAACGUGGCUUCUAGUCUAGUGAACGAAAACCUUGUGGACACCAACAGGAUCAGGCAAAAACAGACCAAUACUAACUCGAGGGACUUUUAUGGACAUUCUGUAGACUCCAAGAACACCGUAGUGGAAAACGUCUACGACUCUACAGCCACCCAGAACACCAUAGGGACGUCCGGAAGAAUUUUGCAUGAUAAUACCAUCACCGAUUCCACUGAUGUGAUCUACUCGAAUGAUCGGCUGUAUGGACAGACUGGCUGGAAUGGGAAAUUCACCCAAGAACAGCCCACUAAACGACCACAGUCGCCCUCCAAGGCAGAAAAUCGCACCAAGUCGCCUUCCAAAGCUCCUACAGCCAAAGACCAGCCUGCUCCUACCCAAGUGGAGGCCAACACGAGCAGGCAAAAAGAGACAAACACCAACUCUAGAGACUUUUAUGGGCAUACUGUAGACUCGAAGAACACCGUGGUGAAAAACGUGUACGACUCUACAGCCACCCAGAACACCAUAGGGACGUCCGGAAGAAUUUUGCAUGAUAAUACCAUCACCGAUUCCACUGAUGUGAUCUACUCGAAUGAUCGGCUGUAUGGACACACUGGCUGGAAUGGAAAAUUUACCCAAGAACAGCCCACUAAACGAUCGCAAUCGCCUUCCAAAGCAGACAAGCGCGUUAAGUCGCCCUCCAAAGCUCCUACAGCCAAAGACAAGCCUGCUCCUACCCAAGUGGAGGCCAACACGAGCAGGCAAAAAGAGACAAACACCAACUCUAGAGACUUUUAUGGACAUACUGUAGACUCGAAGAACACCGUGGUAAAAAACGUCUACGACUCUACAGCCACCCAGAACACCAUAGGAACGUCUGGAAGAAUCUUACAUGAUAACACCAUCACCGAUUCUACUGAUGUGAUCUACUCAAAUGAUCGGCUGUAUGGACACACUGGCUGGAAUGGAAAAUUUACCCAAGAACAGCCCACUAAACGAUCGCAAUCUCCCUCCAAAUCAGACAAACGCGUUAAGUCGCCUUCCAAAGCUCCUACAGCCAAAGACAAGCCUGCUCCUACCCAAGUGGACGCCAACACGAGCAGGCAAAAAGACACAAACACUAACUCUAGGGACUUUUAUGGGCAUACUGUAGACUCGAAAAACACCGUGGUGAAAAACGUCUACGACUCUACAGCCACCCAGAACACCAUAGGAACCUCUGGAAAAAUCUUACAUGAUAACACCAUCACCGAUUCUACUGAUGUGAUCUAUUCAAAUGAUCGGCUGUAUGGACAGACUGGCUGGAAUGGCAAAUUCACUCAAGAACACCCCUCCAAGCCAGUCGACAGCAGUUUUUUAGCCACAGAAAUCCAGGAAAACAUUAAGCAGUUCACCGACAAAACUCUUGUGGACACCACUUCAAAGGACUCAUCAACAGUUGUGGAAACUUUCGAAACAGUGUCCAAAUUUUCCGACUCCAAAACCUCCAUUACAAAAGACUCGCAAACAUUUGAGGAUCAUCAGUCCUCCAAAGAGCACUACAGCACUCAUGACGUGCAAGACAGUUCUAAGCCUAGAGGACCAUCAAAGGAACCAAAAGGUCCGGCUGGAAAGGCAGUGGAGCCCAAACAGCCAUCCACUUCAGUAGAUAGUAGAGUGACCUCAACAUUGAGUGAAGACGUCCAGGUGAAAACGUCCAUUGAUCAGAAAUUCACCACCGAAAACCUGUCGACAAUUGAUGUGAAAAGCGACACACAGAAGAACAUUGUGAAGCACGUGCAAUCCAUCGAUUCAGUGGAUCGCAUCAACAAAACGUUCAUCAAAGAGGACAUCAUCGACAUCAAAGAUGUGAAUGAAGUGGAGAACAUCACCAACAUCAAGCGAAUCACCGACAACAAAGUGAUCAACAUUGUGAAAACAGUGAAGGAGAAGCCGGAACCUGCCAAAAUCCGAGUACCGUUGAAGGAACAGUGCAUUUGCGAGCUUUGUACAUGCGGACGACACAGCUGCCCUCACAAUCCCGACGACUAUAACGACCAUCUCCACCCUCAAGGGCCCAUCUACGCUCAGCCGAAAGACGAGUAUAAUGCAACCAAAGGGGAGCGAUUCCCCAUUAAGAAACCCGAAGACCAUCUUCGUCCAGAAGGUGACUUCGUCAAGCGUGAACCGCAAGCCUGGCAGCCUGGAGAGCGAGCUCCGAUCAAGAAACCUCAGGAUAAUCUGCGACCGGAAGGUGAUUUUGAAAAGCGCCGACCGGAUGAAUGGAAACCAGGCGACCGAGCUCCUGUUAAAAAACCCCAGGACAACCUGAGGCCUGAAGGCGACUUUGAAAGGCCCAAAGCGGAAGAGUGGAGACCCGGAGACCGCGCCCCCGUCCGAAAACCCCACGACAAUCUACGACCCGAAGGCGAAUUCGAACGACCGGAAAAGCCCGGAUUCCGACCAGCCGAGAGGCCACAGCAGAAGAAACCGGAAGAUAAUCUCAGACCGGAAGGCGACUUUGAAAAACGCACCCCGCAAAAGUUUGUGCCGUCCGAGCGUCCGAAGCAGAAGAAACCGGAGGAUAAUUUGAAACCUGAAGGCGACUUUGAGCUGCCCGAACCGGAAAAAUGGGUGCCGGCAGAUAGACCGAAACAGAAGCGUCCAGAAGACAACUUGAGGCCGGAGGGAGAGUUUGAGCGGCCUCACAAGCCCGACUACCAGCCGGGCGAACGGCCAGUGGCGAAGAAACCUCAAGACAACCUCAAACCGGAAGGCGACUUUGCGAAGCGCACUGUUGAGGAGUACAGGGCGAUUCGGGCCGAUCGAGCUGAAAUCGUGCGUCAUGAAGACAACAUUACUGUUGGGGGUGAAUUUACCGAUGUGACUACCUCAAAGGUUGACUUCACGGGCGAAUCAGGACCAAGAACAAGUCCAGUGCGCAGAAACACCUUCACUAAAGUAGAGGGUGACUUCACUUCGGACACCACCAAUAAGUCCGAGUUUAUCGACUACAGUACAACAGUCGAACGUACCAGCAUCCAUCGUCGAAACGAUAACCUCACUGUUGAGGGCGACAUGACGUUCGACACCUCCUCAACUGUUGAGUACACCGAGAAAACGCCUCAGGUGGACCGGCGCAGAAGAACAUGGACCAAAGACGACGUGGACAAGUUCUACUCGACGGACAGCAGCGAGGUGACCACCACCAGUCAGGACGUCUACAAGACGUUCGAUACCACCGAUUUGCGCCAAACCGUCGUUAUUCAUCGCGACAAUCUCCGGCCAGAGGGCCCUUUCCAAGGCACUCCUAAGUCCAAGGAAGACUACACGCCCAAACUUACCGAACGGCCCACUCCCAAGAAACCAGUGGACAAUUUGCGCCCUGAGGGCGAGUUUGAAAGGCCGGAGAAACCGGGCUAUCGCCCAGCUGAUCGUCCCCAGCAAAAGCGCCCUGAAGACAAUCUGCGCCCUGAAGGUGACUUCGAGCGGCCCACUCCAACCAAGGUCCAUCCAGGUGAGCGACGCACUCCGAUUAAGCACGAUGACAAUCUGAGGCCCGAGGGCGACUUUGAGCGCCCUGAAAAGCCCGGCUAUCGUCCAGCAGAGCGCCCGACACAGAAGCGCCCGGAAGACAAUUUACGCCCAGAGGGCGAAUUUGAGCGGCCGGAGAAAACGAAAUUUAGGCCAGCUGAACGGCCCACUGCCAAAAAACCGGAAGACAACCUGCGCCCUGAAGGUGAUUUCGAACGUCCCACUCCAACCAAAGUCCAUCCAGGUGAAAGACGCACGCCGAUUAAACAUGAUGACAAUUUGAGGCCUGAAGGUGAUUUUGAGCGGCCAGAAAGGCCAGAGUUUCGUCCUGCGGAAAGACGCCAUCAAGUCCGACCAGACGACAACCUUAGGCCCGAAGGGGACUUUGAGAAGCGCACACCCGAAAAGUUCAUUCCAGCCGAGAGGCCAAAGCAAAAGCGCCCGGAAGAUAAUCUGCGCCCUGAAGGCGAGUUUGAGCGCCCAACGCCUACGAAAGUGCAUCCAGGCGAACGCCGGUCGCCUAUUAAACACGAUGAUAACUUGCGCCCUGAAGGCGACUUUGAACGUCCAGAAAAGCCCGGAUAUCGUCCAGCUGAACGCCCACAACAAAAGCGCCCUGAAGACAACUUGCGUCCUGAAGGUGACUUUGAACGCCCAAGUCCGACGAAAAUUGGACCUGCCGAACGUCGAACACCAAUCAAGCAUGACGACAAUUUGCGGCCAGAAGGAGACUUUGAACGUCCAGAAAAGCCUAGAUAUCGUCCAGCUGACAGGCCACAACAGAAACGGCCUGAGGACAAUUUGCGUCCUGAAGGAGAGUUUGAGAAGCGCACCCCCGAGAAGUUCAUUCCCGCUGAGCGACCAAAGCAAAUGCGGCCAGAAGACAAUUUACGCCCAGAAGGAGAUUUUGAGCGCCCAGAGAAACCAGGGUAUCGUCCCGCUGAGCGCCCACAACAAAAACGCCCUGAAGACAACUUGCGCCCUGAAGGGGAGUUUGAGCGUCCUACUCCAACCAAAAUCGGUCCAGGUGAACGUCGAACGCCUAUCAAACAUGACGACAAUUUGCGCCCAGAAGGAGACUUUGAGCGCCCAGAGAAACCAGGAUACCGUCCUGCUGAGCGACCACAACAAAGGCGCCCUGAAGAUAAUUUACGUCCUGAAGGAGACUUUGAGCGUCCCACGCCAACUAAAAUCGGGCCUGCUGAACGUCGAACACCAAUCAAACAUGACGACAAUUUGCGCCCAGAAGGAGACUUUGAACGACCCGAAAAGCCUGGAUAUCGUCCAGCUGAGCGACCUCAGCAAAAACGACCCGAAGACAAUCUACGCCCUGAGGGAGAGUUUGAAAAACGCACCCCAGAAAAAUUCGUUCCAGCUGAGCGUCCACAGCAAAAGCGCCCUGAAGACAAUCUGCGCCCUGAAGGAGAUUUUGAGCGCCCAACUCCCACAAAAAUUGGCCCAGCUGAACGCAGAACGCCCAUUAAGCAUGACGACAAUUUGCGUCCAGAGGGCGACUUUGAACGUCCGGAAAAGCCCGGGUAUCGUCCGGCAGAGCGCCCACAACAAAAACGUCCUGAAGAUAAUUUACGCCCUGAAGGAGAUUUUGAACGUCCCACUCCAACUAAAAUUGGCCCAGCCGAACGUCGGACUCCCAUUAAACAUGACGAUAAUUUGCGCCCAGAAGGAGAGUUUGAGCGCCCAGAGAAGCCAGGUUACCGCCCGGCUGAGCGCCCACAACAAAAGCGCCCUGAAGACAAUCUGCGCCCUGAAGGAGACUUUGAGCGUCCGACUCCAACAAAAGUUGGCCCAGGUGAACGUCGAACGCCUAUCAAACACGACGAUAAUUUGCGCCCAGAGGGCGAUUUUGAACGUCCCGAAAAGCCAGGAUAUCGUCCAGCUGAACGACCACAACAAAAACGCCCGGAAGACAAUCUGCGCCCUGAAGGAGACUUUGAGCGCCCAACUCCCACAAAAAUCGGCCCAGCUGAACGAAGAACGCCCAUUAAGCAUGACGACAAUUUGCGUCCAGAGGGAGACUUUGAGCGCCCAGAGAAACCUGGAUAUCGUCCAGCUGAGCGCCCACAACAAAGACGCCCUGAAGACAAUCUGCGCCCUGAAGGAGACUUUGAGCGCCCAACUCCCACAAAAAUCGGCCCAGCUGAACGAAGAACGCCCAUUAAGCAUGACGAUAAUUUGCGCCCAGAGGGAGACUUUGAGCGCCCAGAGAAACCUGGAUAUCGUCCAGCUGAGCGCCCACAACAAAGACGUCCUGAAGACAAUUUGCGUCCAGAGGGAGACUUUGAGCGCCCAGAGAAACCUGGAUAUCGUCCAGCUGAGCGCCCACAACAAAGACGUCCUGAAGACAAUCUGCGCCCUGAAGGGGACUUUGAGCGUCCGACCCCAACAAAAGUUGGCCCAGGUGAACGUCGAACGCCCAUCAAACACGACGAUAAUUUGCGCCCAGAGGGCGACUUUGAACGUCCCGAAAAGCCCGGAUAUCGUCCAGCUGAACGACCACAACAAAAACGCCCUGAAGACAAUCUGCGCCCUGAAGGGGACUUUGAGCGCCCAACUCCCACAAAAAUUGGCCCAGCUGAACGCAGAACGCCCAUUAAGCAUGACGACAAUUUGCGUCCAGAGGGCGACUUUGARCGUCCCGAAAAGCCCGGAUAUCGUCCAGCUGAACGACCACAUCAAAAACGCCCWGAAGACAAUCUGCGCCCUGAAGGAGACUUUGAGCGCCCAACUCCCACAAAAAUUGGCCCAGCUGAACGCAGAACGCCCAUUAAGCAUGACGACAACUUGCGUCCUGAAGGAGACUUUGAGCGCCCAGAGAAACCUGGAUAUCGGCCAGCUGAGCGCCCAGAACAAAAACGCCCUGAAGACAACUUGCGUCCUGAGGGAGAUUUUGAGCGUCCAACUCCGACUAAAAUCGGCCCCGGUGAACGUCGCACGCCAAUUAAACAUGACGACAAUUUGCGUCCGGAAGGAGAAUUUGAGCGCCCAGAGAAGCCAGGUUACCGCCCGGCGGAGCGCCCACAACAAAAGCGCCCAGAGGACAAUCUCCGGCCUGAAGGCGAAUUUGAGAAACGUACACCAGAUAAAUUUGUCCCUGCUGAACGACCGCAACCAAAGCGCCCUGCGGACAAUUUGCGCCCCGAGGGAGAAUUUGAACGCCCCUCUCCAACUAAAAUCGGACCUGCUGAACGAAGAACUCCUAUUAAGCAUGGCGACAAUCUCCGCCCAGAAGGCGACUUUGAACGCCCAGAGAAGCCUGGUUACCGUCCGGCUGAACGACCACAACAAAAGCGCCCUGAGGACAAUCUGCGCCCCGAAGGGGACUUUGAACGUCCCACACCAACUAAAAUCGGUCCAGCUGAACGUAGAACUCCGAUUAAGCACGACGACAAUUUGCGUCCAGAGGGAGACUUUGAGCGCCCUGAAAAACCGGGAUACCGCCCAGCUGAGCGACCGCAACAGAGGCGCCCUGAAGACAAUCUUCGACCUGAGGGCGACUUCGAGCGACCAACUGCCGCCCCCGUUGGUCCAGGCGAACGACGAACGCCCAUUAAACACGGCGACAAUUUGCGUCCAGAAGGCGACUUUGAGCGCCCAGAAAAACAGGGAUACCGCCCAGCUGAACGGCCACAACAGAAGCGCCCUGAAGACAAUCUUCGUCCAGAGGGUGAGUUUGAGCGUCCCGAAAUCAAGGAAAUUGGACCUGCAGAGCUGCGCAAACCCAUCAAACACGAAGACAAUCUUAGACAAGAAGGCAGCAUGCUGGUUACAAGGCGGGAUGACUACAAAGUCAUCCAGGGUGAACGAGUGGACGUUGUUCGACAUGAGGAUAAUCUAAAAAUGGAGGGAAAAUUCACCGAUACGAGAACCAGAGAUGAUUUCACAGUCGUAAAGGGCGAACGCUCGGAAAUUGUGAAGCAUGAGGACAAUUUGAAGAUCGAGGGCGAAUUCACCGAGCGAAGAUCAAGAGACGACUACAAGGUGGUGAAAGGCGAAAGGGCGGAAGUGAUCAUCAGGAAAGACAAUCUUCGAAUGGAAGGUGAAUUCAACGAGUACCGAAAACGGGAUGAAUUUACCACACGCACUGAGAAGACGGAAGUGGUACGGCACGAAGACAACCUGAAACUUGAGGGCGACUUCGAGCGGCCGACGCCUACUAAAGUGGGGCCUGGAGAGCGUCGAAGACCGAUCAAGCACGACGACAAUUUGCGGCCAGAGGGCGACUUUGAGCGUCCGACUGCCGCCCCUGUAGGGCCGGGCGAAAGAAGAACGCCCAUUCGGCACAGCGACAACUUGCGCCCAGAGGGCGACUUUGAAAGACCCGAAAAGCCUGGAUUUAAACCUGCAGAACGUCCGACGCCUACUAAGCCUCAGGAUAAUCUUCGGCCAGAGGGCGACUUUGAGCGCCCAACUGCUUCUCCUAUAGGACCGGGUGAGAGAAGGACGCCAAUACGGCACAGUGACAACUUGCGCCCGGAGGGCGACUUUGAAAGACCCGAAAAGCCCGGAUUUAAGCCUGCGGAACGUUCAACCCCCACUAAGCCACAAGACAAUCUUCGGCCAGAGGGCGACUUUGAGCGGCCAACGGCCGCCCCUAGAGGUCCAGGGGAACGAAGAACGCCCAUUAGACACGGCGACAAUUUGCGUCCGGAAGGCGACUUCGACAGGCCCGCAAAGCCCGGCUAUCAGCCAGCCGAAAGGGUCACGCCUAAAAAGCCGCAAGAUAACUUGCGGCCGGAGGGCGACUUUGACCGAAGCACCCCUUCAAAAAUUGGACCUGGGGAACGAAGAACUCCCAUUCGGCAUGCGGAUAACCUGCGCCCUGAAGGCAAUUUCGACCGGCCUCAGAAGACGCGCUACGGACCGGGAGAACGAGCUGAUAUCGUGAAACAUCCCGACAAUCUGAAGCCAGAGGGCGAGUUUACCGGCACCCCUAAGAGUAGGGACGAUUUUAAGCCAACCAGGGGCGAGCGGGCGCCAGUGAAGAAGCCGCAAGACAACCUGAAGGUCACUGGGGAGUUCCAGGACACCACCAUGACCAAGUCCCAGUACACGGUGGUUCAAGGCGAGAGGGCGGAAGUGAAGAGGCGCGAAGAUCAGCUGAAGGUGGGCAGCGGAAAGAUGGAAACUUUGACCACAAGCAAACAAACAUUCGAAUCCAGUCCGAGUAAAACGCCAGAACGCACUGUGGUGGACACCAGACGGCACAUGCAGUCGCAUUUUAGUCUUGGUGAUGACAAGUCGCAUACCAUGCAAACCACCAACCAGAGCAACUAUAACACGUACACGAAGAAGGUUUCCGAUAAGAAGGUGAUGGAGAAUGUGGAGAAGCGCACCAGCAAUGUGGUGGAGAAGAAGGUGGUUUCCAACGAGGAUCUAGUGGUCAAAAAGGGUGGCAAACAUGAGACUAAUGUGACUACGACUGAUGGCUUGGCUACCUCCACACAAACACGCA